AUGGAAGGCAAAGAACCCUUGGUUAUCAUAACCGAUCAAGAUCAAGCCAUGGCCGCGGCUAUUGAAUCACAACUUCCGAACACAUCACAUUUGUUAUGCUCAUGGCACAUUAGCAACAAAUUCCCCGAGAAACUUGCAACAUAUUAUUCGAAGGAAGGGUUUAAAUUUGAUUUCAACAAUUGCAUAUAUCACUCUUUGACUGAAGUUGUGUUUGAAGAUCGGUGGAAUGCUUUGGUUUUGAAGUACAAUUUGGAAGGCAAUACAUGGCUUCAAGGGUUAUAUGCUUUGAAGCAUAAGUGGGUCGAGGCUUACACAAGAAACACUUUUUCUGCGGGUCAAAAGACCACAUCAAGAAGUGAAGGAAUGAAUGCAUAUUUCGAUGCCUAUGUUGGUUCUUGCACCGGUUUGAAAGAUUUUGUAGAGGGUGCACAAAAAGCUUUGGAGAGGCAAUUCAUGCGUGAGAAAGACGAGGAUUAUGUGACGUUUCAUAGAAGUCGUUGCAUGCAAAUGAAAACCGCUAUGGAGCACCACGCAGCUUCCAUUUAUACGAAAGAAAUGUUUCGAAGAUUUCAGAAACAAUUGGUUGAAUCAUCUAAGUACUUUGUGGAGAAAGAUAGAGAUCGGUCCUUGGAAGAUGUUCAAGACACGUUCUACAAAUGUUAUAGACCGUUGAUGCGUGCUUCUCAAAGAAACACGUAUCUUGUCAAAUUAUUGCCGUCACAUUAUUGCCGUCUUGACGAAGAGGUGUGUGGCGGAACUACCGGAACAUUUUGUCAAACGGCGUUGGACAAGGGACGCCAAUAG